GCUCAAUUCCUUGCGAACUUUUGCUUUGCGUUGCUUAAGCAACUUGCAUUGAGGGACCCUUUGGAUCGAGAUCUUGGCUGAGAGACUUUCUAUUCAGAGAUGAGAAGACCCGGCUUGAAGGAUGAUGUUGCUUACAGUUUCUUUGACCCGGAUAUCAGUGUGUUGAAGGAUAUGAUAGCGUUGAUCACUCCUGACCAUGUGGGGUUGUUUCGUGCGGUGUAUGGGGGUAUUCUGAAGAUGGUUUUCAGGCUCAUGGACAGAGACAGGAGCGCCAUCCAUACUCUACUUCAGUUUUACGAUCCCGAGCUGAGAUGUUUCGUCUUCCCCGAUUACGUGCUAGGGCCGAUGUUGGAAGAUUAUGCUGAUAUUUUGAAUAUCCAGAUCAGGGAUCAAGUUCCUUUCCGUGUUACUAAGGAAGAACCUGAUAUUGGUGGGAUUUCCCGUGCUUUCUAUCUGAGUCCAGAGGAAGUGAAGAGUAAUCUGAAGGAGAAGGGUAAGCUGCCUGGUUUUCAUCUGAGUUUCCUAGAGGCUAAGGCUAAAGAGCAGUCAGAAUUGGGGAAUUGGGAAGCUGUCUGUGCUCUGGUUGCGGCGAGCAUUUAUGGGAUCAUUUUGUUUCCCAACCAGAAGAACUUUGUGGAUAUCAAUGCCAUCCGCCUGUUUAUUCGAAGGAAUCCUAUCCCUACAUUGAUUGGAGAUGUCUAUUAUUCGGUUCAUAACCGGAAUGAGAAGAGGCGUGGGGGUUUGAUUCGAUGCUGCGCGCAGUUAUUGGUCAAGUGGUUUAUGGGUUACUUACCAUCCAAGGGUGCUUUUGUUCUUCUGGGCCAGAAUGUUACUUGGGCGACCAAACUGAUGGGCUUGAGGGCUAAGGACAUAGAUUGGACUCACAGUAGUGGAGUUGGACAGGACUUUAUCUGCAGUUGCAGGGGUUUUCCUAAUGUGCCGCUUAUAGGGGUUCAGGGUUGCAUCAAUUACAACCCGACACUUCUUAAGAGGCAAAUGGGAUUCGCUAUGGAGCUUCCACCGUACAAGAGUGAGAUUCAGGAAUCUGUGUACUUCCCGGUUGAGGGUAACCAGGAUAGGGUAAAGCAGGUAUCCGAUGCAUGGCGCAGCAUUCAGAGGAAGGGCAAGGCUUCCUGGGGUAGAGCUAACAACAGAUCUUUUCCUCCGUUCGAUGAUUGGCUCAGAAAGAGAGUGGAGCUUACUUGUCUACCAUUUCCUAUGGUCGAUCCGUGGUAUCCGUUGGUUGAGGAGACUCCUUCUACUGUUAGUAUGGAUGAGUUCUUAGAGAUGAAGCGGGAACGAGAUCAGCUACUUGCAGAGAAGACGGAAUUGGAGAUGAGUGUUGCUCGGGUUCAGAGAGCUAAUCAGGAGCUCAAAGCGAAGAUGGAAGAUCAGGAUAAGCGGCAUGCUUUGGAGACCAAGCGAUUUGAGAUGGAUACAGCCUAUUAUGGGAAGAUCAGCCAAGCUUUAGCAUCGUCCAACCGGGAGCAUGACAUCACAAAGGAGAAGCUGUUCAGAGCAUCAAAGGUGAUUGAAGAUGAGAAGAGGAGGCAAAUCCUAAUCAGGGAUCAGAGAGAUGAGAGAGCCAGAGUCCUCGCUGCAGAGUGGGAAGCGGAAAAGGCAAAGAUCAGGGCCGAGAGAGAUCAUAACAUGGCAGAGAGAGACCACUACUUCAGGCAGAUGAAGAUUCAUCAGAAGGAAGUUGGAAGACUACAGCAGGAGAACAUAGAGCUCAGGUUCGCCGCAGAGUUCGCAAGGAUGGAAGGCGAGAUAAGGCCAUCUGUGGGACCCUCAUCUAGCUAGAUCCUUCAUUUGUGUUGAAUUACCGUCAGGCUUGUUGACGGAAUUCACUUUGUCUGUAUUUCUUUUCUAUUCCGGAGGAUUGUAUUUGAUAUUUGAUCUGAUGUAUGACUAUUGCACCGAUUGUGCACUUUUUGGUUAUGUAAUGAUGGUUUCUAUUCA